CCUCGCCUCGCCUUUUCCUUCUCCUGCAUUUGCCUUUGCAAUAAGCUCAAAUAGCAGCCCAUAACGUUCCCGGUUAAACCUUCAGAUCGAAACCCCAUCGUCUCCUUCAUUUCACCACAUUCACCUGUCCGACUCACCAUCCUCGAGUCGGACCACUCAACUCGGACCGAGUCACUGUUGACGCGUUUCGCCAUUUCUCGAAAAAUCCAGAGCUUCCAAUUCAAUCUCCUCUGAGGCUCUGACCCGGCCUUGCGGGCAUGGCUAGGGUUUACGACAAUUGGGAGCGGCUGGUGCGAGCCACGCUCAAGAGAGAGCAGCUCAGAACUUCCGGCCAAGGCCAUGAGAGGGCUCCGAGUGGAAUCGCCGGCGCGGUUCCGUCGUCGCUGGGCAAGGUCUCGAAUAUCGAUUUGAUCUUGCAGGCUGCCGAUGAAAUUCAAGCCGAGGAUGCAAACGUCUCCAGAAUUCUGUGUGAGCAGGCGUAUAGAAUGUCGCAAAAUCUUGACCCUACUAGUGAUGGUAGAGGAGUUCUUCAGUUUAAGACUGGUUUGAUGUCUGUAAUUAAGCAAAAACUUGCGAGAAGGGAUGGGGGUCAAAUAGAUCGCAAUCGUGAUAUUGAGGACCUCUGGGAAUUUUACCAGCGCUACAAGCGACGACAUCACCUGGAGGAUAUCCAGAGGGAGGAGGAGAGAAUGCGUGAAUCUGGCACUUUUAGUGCUAACUUUGGAGACUAUAAAGAGAUGAAAAAGACAAUUGCUAUCCUGAGGGCAUUGAUUGAGGUGAUGGAGUUGCUCAGCAAAGAUGCAGAUCCUCAUGGAGUUGGAAGGCAAAUUACAGAGGAGUUGCGCAGAAUUAAAAGCACUGAUACCGCAUUAUCUAGGGAGCUCACAGCCUACAAUAUUGUCCCACUGGGAGCACCAUCAAUAACCAAUGCAAUUGGAGUAUUUCCAGAAAUUAGAGGUGCAAUGUCGGCAAUUAGAUAUACUGAACAAUUCCCUAGGCUGCCAGCUAAAGUUGAGAUAUCUGGACAACGGGAUGCGGACAUGUUUGAUCUUCUGGAAUUUGUGUUCGGUUUUCAGAAAGACAAUGUAAGGAACCAGAGAGAGAAUGUUGUCCUUACAAUUGCAAAUGCACAAUCUCGCCUUGGUAUACCUGCUCAGGCUGAUCCAAAAAUAGACGAGAAAGCAAUCAAUGAGGUAUUUCUGAAAGUCCUGGAUAAUUAUAUCAAAUGGUGCAAAUACCUGCGGAUCCGGCUUGUAUGGAAUAGUUUACAAGCAAUUAAUCGGGACAGAAAACUUUUUCUGGUGUCAUUGUACUUUCUGAUAUGGGGUGAGGCUGCAAAUGUCCGCUUUCUUCCUGAAUGCAUUUGCUACAUAUUUCACCAUAUGGCGAAAGAGUUGGAUGCAAUUUUAGAUCAUGGAGAAGCUAUUCCUGCUGCUAGCUGCACAAUAGGAAAUGAUUCUGUGUCUUUCCUUGAUCAGAUUAUUUAUCCUAUAUAUGAAACAUUGGCAGCGGAAGCUGCUAGAAACAAUAAUGGGAAAGCUGCACAUUCAGCAUGGCGGAAUUAUGACGACUUCAAUGAAUACUUUUGGUCACCUGCUUGUUUUGACUUGAGCUGGCCUAUGAGGAGGGAUUCCACAUUUUUGUUGAAGCCUAAAAAGUGGAAAAGGACAGGAAAGAGCACUUUCGUUGAGCAUCGAACGUUUCUUCACUUGUAUCGAAGUUUUCAUCGUCUCUGGAUCUUUCUAGCUUUGAUGUUCCAGGGUUUGGCAAUUAUAGCCUUUAAUGAUGGGAAGAUCAAUUCAGAUACAGUGAAGAGUGUACUCAGCAUUGGGCCGGCAUUCGCUAUCAUGAACUUCGUAGAAAGUAGUUUGGAUGUGUUGCUCAUGUUUGGGGCUUAUACCACAGCCAGAGGCAUGGCUAUCUCAAGACUUGUAAUUAGAUUUUUCUGGUUUGGCUUGAGUUCUGUCGCUGUGACAUAUAUUUAUGUGAAGGUUCUGCAGGAAAGAAAUGAUAAAUCAAAUGAUUCAUUCUACUUUCGGAUAUACAUUAUUGUACUGGGUGUUUAUGCAGCUUUACGCCUAGUCCUUGCGCUAUUACUCAAAUUUCCAGCAUGUCAUAAGCUUUCUGAAAUGUCAGAUCAAUCAUUUUUCCAAUUUUUCAAGUGGAUAUAUGAGGAGCGUUAUUUUGUUGGACGUGGUCUUUAUGAGAGGAUGAGCGAUUAUCUCAGGUCUGUGCUCUUUUGGGUGGUAAUCUUCACAUGCAAGUUCCUUUUCACGUACUUUCUCCAGAUUAAGCCUCUUGUUGAACCAACGAGAAUUAUUGUGGACCUUCCAGCUGUGCAAUAUGCAUGGCAUGAUUUGGUCUCAAAGAACAACAAAAAUGUGUUAACUAUAGCUAGCCUAUGGGCUCCUGUUGUGGCUAUCUAUCUCAUGGACAUUCACAUAUGGUACACUCUUUUGUCGGCCAUAAUUGGCGGUGUAAUGGGUGCAAGGUCUCGGUUAGGCGAGAUACGCUCAAUUGAAAUGGUGCAUAAACGUUUUGAGAGUUUUCCGGAAGCUUUUGUGAAGAAUCUAGUUUCACAAUCACAGAAACAAAGGUUUCCGUCUAACAGUGAACCAUCUCAGGAUUCUCAAGUCUUAAACAAGACAAAUGCAACCAUUUUUUCUCCAUUUUGGAAUGAGAUAAUAAAAAGCUUACGAGAGGAGGAUUUUAUCAGUAAUAGGGAGAAGGAUUUGCUUUCUAUUCCGAGCAACACUGGAAGUCUAAGAUUAGUGCAGUGGCCUCUGUUUCUUCUAAGUAGUAAGAUCUUGCUUGCAAUUGAUUUGGCCUUGGACUGCAAAGAUACGCAGGCAGAUCUUUGGAGCAGAGUAUGCAGGGAUGAGUACAUGGCAUAUGCUGUUCAGGAAUGCUACUACAGUAUUGAAAAAAUAUUGUAUUCUCUGGUUGAGGGUGAAGGGAGACUUUGGGUGGAGAGGAUUUAUCGAGAGAUCAACAACAGUAUUAUGGAGGGUUCGCUUGUUGUAACUUUAAAUCUUGCAAAGCUUCCAGCAGUGCUACGAAAAUUUACGGCUUUAACUGGGCUGCUGAUACGUCCAGAAACCGAUGUGCUUGCAAAAGGUGCCGCUAAAGCUGUAUUUGAUGUAUAUGAGACCGUUACACAUGACCUUCUGUCACCUGAUUUGAGGGAGCAGCUCGACACAUGGAGCCUUUUAGCAAAAGCAAGAAAUGAAGGGCGCUUGUUUUCUAGGAUAAAGUGGCCCAGUGACCCAGAAACUAAAGACCUGGUGAAGCGACUAUACCUUCUUCUUACUGUAAAGGAUUCUGCAGCAAAUAUUCCGAAGAAUCUUGAAGCAAGAAGAAGAUUAGAAUUUUUCACAAAUUCGUUAUUUAUGGACAUCCCUUCAGCAAAGCCAGUUAGUGAAAUGGUACCUUUCAGUGUAUUCACCCCAUACUACAGUGAGACUGUACUUUAUAGUUCCUCCGAAUUGCGGGUUGAAAAUGAGGAUGGAAUUUCUGUUCUUUUUUAUCUUCAGAAAAUUUUUCCAGAUGAGUGGGACAAUUUCUUGGAACGAAUUGGUCGGGACCAGUCCACUGGGGAUGCUGAGCUUCAGGAAAACUCAAGUGAUGCUUUGGAGCUUCGGUUUUGGGUAUCUUAUCGAGGACAGACUUUGGCCAGGACUGUGCGGGGUAUGAUGUAUUAUAGAAAGGCUUUAAUGUUACAGAGUUAUCUUGAAAGAAGGUCAUUGGGAGUGGAUGAUUAUUCUCAAGUUGAUGCAUUCUCAAGUCAAGGCUUUGAGUCAUCACUUGAAUCACGAGCCCAGGCAGAUUUGAAGUUUACUUAUGUUGUAUCCUGCCAAAUCUAUGGGCAACAGAAGCAGAGAAGGGCACCAGAGGCUGCUGAUAUAUCGCUCUUGUUGCAGAGGAAUGAGGCACUGCGUGUUGCAUAUAUACAUGUGGAGGAAACUGCUACAGCUGAAGGAAAUAUCUUGAAAGAAUUUUACUCAAAGCUUGUAAAAGCUGAUAUACGUGGAACGGAUCAGGAAAUAUAUUCCAUUAAACUUCCUGGUGAUCCAAAGCUUGGUGAAGGGAAGCCUGAAAAUCAAAACCAUGCUAUAGUCUUCACUCGCGGGGAAGCUGUUCAAACUAUUGACAUGAACCAGGACAAUUACCUUGAGGAGGCAAUGAAAAUGAGAAAUCUUCUCGAGGAGUUUCACAAAAAUCACGGUCUUCGCCCCCCAUCUAUUCUUGGUGUGAGAGAGCAUGUAUUUACUGGAAGUGUCUCAUCUUUAGCAUGGUUCAUGUCCAAUCAAGAGACUAGCUUUGUAACUUUAGCUCAACGUGUUUUAGCAUUCCCUCUCAAAGUUCGUAUGCAUUAUGGGCAUCCUGAUGUGUUUGACCGCAUCUUUCACAUUACUCGAGGUGGAAUUAGUAAAGCUUCACGUGUUAUUAACAUCAGUGAAGAUAUUUUUGCAGGGUUCAACUCCACAUUAAGGCAGGGUAACAUUACCCACCACGAAUACAUUCAGGUUGGGAAAGGAAGGGAUGUUGGCCUGAACCAGAUUGCAUUGUUUGAAGGGAAAGUUGCAGGUGGAAAUGGGGAGCAAGUCCUUAGUAGGGAUGUCUACAGGCUUGGGCAACUUCUUGAUUUUUUCAGAAUGUUCUCUUUCUUCUACACAACAGUUGGUUACUAUGUGUGUACAAUGAUGACCGUCCUCAUUGUAUACAUCUUCCUCUAUGGAAGGGCGUACCUGGCUUUCUCUGGACUUGAUCGUGCAAUUGCGAAGGAAGCAAAAAUAUCGGGUAACACAGCAUUAGAUGCUGUUCUUAAUGCACAGUUCUUGGUGCAGAUUGGAAUUUUCACAGCAGUCCCAAUGAUAAUGGGUUUUAUACUUGAAUUGGGAUUACUAAAGGCGGUUUUCAGUUUUAUCACUAUGCAGCUGCAGUUGUGUUCUGUGUUCUUCACGUUCUCUUUGGGAACUAGAACUCAUUAUUUUGGACGUACCAUCCUCCAUGGAGGUGCAAAAUACCGAGCAACUGGUAGGGGGUUUGUUGUCCGACACAUAAAGUUUGCUGAUAAUUAUAGGCUCUACUCUAGAAGCCAUUUCGUCAAAGCGCUUGAAGUGGCUCUUCUCCUCAUAGUUUACAUUGCAUAUGGGUACGCGGAUGGUGGUGCUGUUUCUUACAUUCUGCUAACUCUUAGCAGUUGGUUCCUUGUCAUCUCCUGGCUGUUUGCUCCCUACAUCUUUAAUCCUUCCGGUUUUGAGUGGCAAAAGACAGUGGAAGAUUUUGAUGAUUGGACAAGUUGGCUUCUUUACAAAGGUGGAGUAGGAGUUAAGGGAGAAAAUAGCUGGGAAUCUUGGUGGGAUGAGGAGCAGAUGCAUAUUCAAACAUUGAGAGGUCGUAUCUUGGAAACAAUUUUGAGCUUGAGAUUCUUCGUAUUUCAAUAUGGCAUUGUUUACAAACUCCAUCUCACUGGGAAGGACACAUCACUCGCGAUAUACGGCUUCUCUUGGGUUGUGUUGAUAACUAUUGUCAUGAUAUUCAAGGUGUUCACCUUGAGUCAGAAAAAGUCGGCCAAAUUCCAGCUGUUCAUGAGAUUUACACAGGGUGUCACGUCCAUGGGACUGGUUGCAGCUAUUGUUCUACUUGUUAUAUUCACGAGGCUUUCAAUAGCAGACCUGUUUGCAAGCAUACUUGCAAUCAUUCCGACCGGAUGGGCCAUAAUAUGUCUAGCCAUCACGUGGAAGAGCAUUGUCAGGAGUCUUGGUUUAUGGGACUCGGUGAGGGAGUUUGCCAGAAUGUACGAUGCUGGUAUGGGUAUGCUCAUUUUUGCUCCUAUAGCAUUCUUGUCAUGGUUCCCGUUCAUCUCCACCUUCCAGUCUCGGCUUCUGUUUAACCAAGCAUUUAGUCGCGGGUUGGAGAUCUCUCUCAUCCUUGCUGGAAACAAAGCUAACGUGGAUGUCUGAUUAGCACAUCCUUCCCCUAAAAAUUUUUAGCUGCUUGAACGUUCAGGAGAUUGUAUAUUUUUGACUGGCCAUUCUGGUCUUACGGUACUUUUGUUUCUGUACAACAUCAGAGUAGAAAAUCGACUAUUUUUGUAAAUAGAUGGUGUAAAAAAAAAAAAUUAUUGUAGCUGUGGCUGAGAUCUGUGGGUUCCCGAACUCUAAAGUUGACUCAUAUUUUUCCAAAUGACAAGCCAGCUCUUAUGACUGCUGCCAAUGCUA